GGGGUGUAUGGAUAGGUGUUUUCGCUUCGGCAAGCGAAUUCCUUCGUGGCCAUGGCCCUGCGGAGAGCAGCCGCCCUGCCCGUGAUCUUCCUGGGUGCUGCGUUCACUUUUCUGGGAGGCCUCACUCGUCGCGCCCUGCUGGGCGUGAUGGCAUCCAAUGCCGCGCUGCCGGCGCAAGCCUUGCCGGGCUCCCCUCGCUUUGCAGGCAAGUACGAGGAUCCGAGUUCUGGCUGCCUUCGCGAGAUCGCCCCUAGCGGCGCAGGAGUGAUUGUCAGGGGUGCGGAUGGCGAAGACUGCGGGAAGACCUGGGAAGCCAAAGGCCGCCGCGGCCGGGGCUCGCCAGACACCCUGCGCGGAGACCAGCUGCAGAUCGACUUCUCUUCCAAAGGAGGGCCCCCAGACGUGGUGGUCACCUGGGAGCCCGGCGAGAUCUCCGGCCUCCGCUUCCCGGAGGGCCAAUUCUGGAAGCGCCUGCGGUGAAGCGAGCCCGGGACCGGCACAACGCCCCGAC